UAGACGUUGUCUCCACAGGACACCCAGCCGGAGGUACAGUAGACGUUGUCUCCACAGGACACCCAGCCAGAGGUACAGUAGACGUUGUCUCCACAGGACACCCAGCCGGAGGUACAGUAGACGUUGUCUCCACAGGACACCCAGCCAGAGGUACAGUAGACGUUGUCUCCACAGGACACCCAGCCGGAGGUACAGUAGACGUUGUCUCCACAGGACACCAUGCUGGAGGUACAGUAGACGUUGUCUCCACAGGACACCAUGCUGGAGGUACAGUAGACGUUGUCUCCACAGGACACCCAGCCGGAGGUACAGUAGACGUUGUCUCCACAGGACACCCAGCCAGAGGUACAGUAGAUGUUGUCUUCACAGGACACCAUGCUGGAGGUACAGUUGACGUUGUCUUCACAGGACACCCACCCUGAGGACUGUGGUGUGUGCUGGGACACCUACGACGAGGCAGAGAGGCGGCCACGGACGCUGCCCUGCGGCCACACCUUCUGCUCUCUGUGUCUCGAACGCGCGAUCACCUACGGAACACUCAAGUGCCCCAACUGCUGUGUCAAGUUCCGCGCCGCAACUGCGACACAGUUUCCUGUCAGCUACUGUGUUGAGGCUCUUGUCAGGAAGCUGAUUGGUACUCAGCUUAUUUCAGGGCCUCCAACACCUUGUCAAGCUUCCCCAGGAGGCAUCAGCAGGAAGCUGUGGUCGUUGAUGCAGGAGGAGAAGAUCAGCAUCAACAGACUCAUUGCAAGGUGUGAGGAGACACUGUGCCAGCUGGGAGAGUACCGGGGCCAGCUGGGAGACUGGAAGACUCACCACCUCCAACUCCAGGAUAGACUCAAUGGUCUGGUAGAGCAGAACAUGUCAGCCAUGAGGCUCCUGGACCAGGAGGACGCCAGUGUGGCGGAGAUGACCACACGAGGACAGGAAGAGAAGACGCACCUGCACGCCACAUUAGGGAGCCUCGACACACCCACAACAGCUCACAGGGUCAUCACUGCCAUAGCCAGGACCGAGCAGGUCAACCAGCAGGCAGAAGACUGGCUCCAGACCUGUCAAGAUGUCUUCCCUGAUAUCAACACUGUCCGCGCCGCAGUCAAGGUGCAGGAGACCAUCAGGGAGGCCCUGGAGAUGAUGACCACAGAGACAGGUGUCAUUACAGCUGUUCCCGUCCACCUGGGAGACUCAGACUCCACCAUCAUGGAGAAAGUCGAAAAGAUUACUGGAGGAAUCUCCCAGUUAACAGUUGAGGACCUCCGCAGGAUGAGGGCGCCCGUCAGGAGGCUGGUAGAGACGGGACUGGUGUUGGCCGUCCAGGAAGACCAAGAUGGCCGCCGCUCUGCCAGGAUAACAUUACAAGAUGGUCAGCUCUGCCUCCACCCACUCCUGCCUCAGCCUCCACCCACACACGCCCACACUCUCAAGUAUGAGGACGUUGUGGAGGCCUCGUCCUCCACCCUGGCGUUCCUUGACCUCAAGUGGGCGGGGUCAACACGAGGGCGGGUCACCAUCCAGCUGACCCUUGACACUGGGCUGGCUAGACAGUUCAUGCUGUUAUGUACCGGCGAAUUGGGUCACAGCUACACAGGCACUAAACUACUGUGGGUGUGGAACAAGGGGCAGCCAGAGGAGUGGGUGGUGGGCGGAGACUACGAGAGCAAUGAUGGCGAGGGCGGAGCCUCACUGCUGCCUGAUCUGAAGGCGGAGUACGAGUCCUCAGGCGCCGCGGGGGCUGUCUUCUCCCGCUGGGGGCUGUGGCCUGCCCGCAGCGCCCAGUUCGUCAUCAUCACCAGGGACUGUGCUGAGGGAGGGCCACUGUGGCCCUGUGUCUUCGGGGAGGUGGUGAGCGGCCUGGAGGUGGUGAGGGCAGCUGCCAACCACAGUGAGGUCACGGAGGUCACUGUGGCGAACUGUGGUGUGGUGUUGACACUAUAGUUCACGCUACCACCGCGACGGCAUCUGUGAGACGCUCACAGCCAACUGGCCAGGCAACAGGAGGAUAUAAUCACUCCAUUUACCAGUCUUCCCUUAGAGCGAACUUUAGCCUCGAACGAUGUCCAGGAGCAACGUCUACUUGCUUGGUUGGUAAGACAUUGUGGUGGUCAUUGUCACGGCCUCUCCCUUACUACUCUGUCACGUGCUGGGGCCUGGCACCAAGCUGGGACUCUCUCUCAGGUCGACGAAGAACUCUGUAGGGUAAGGCAGGCCCUAGUCAACAACGGCUUCUCUAAUGGUUUUGUUGAAGACAUCAAAAAAAGAAAGGUGAAACGCCAUGCAAC